CAAGCUUCCCGGUCGCGCCCGUACUAAAGUCAAAGGCUAUUUUAAUCGUCGUGGUGCCAAUGUUCUAAUUAAAAAUGAGGCUAAAAAGCAAAAAGUACUCUCUCUAUGUGAUUCAUCUAUAUCCGUGCUCUCUAAAGAAAGGUCAAUGAGGUCUGAAAGUGAAUUGAACCACCUUGCUAUCAACAACUCCAAUAAUUCAAAAACUAAAAAUCUUCUUGGAAAGUUAAUGAAGGCACUGGCACAUCCUAUAAUUCAGAAAAAGCCUAAUCAUCUGAACAGUACUGCUCUAUCAUUUAUUAUCGACAUAUCUCCUGUAUCAAAUGCUGCUCCUAGCUCUGGCAUACCCUUAACAAUGACUGCACAAAAUGGUUUUACCAAGCUAGAGGAACCCAUAAAAUAUGCCCCAUGCAAAACAUGUCAAGAACUCAACCUCUUUUGCCCAAAUACCAAUGAAUAUGUUCGCCCUGCAUACAAUUCCAACCAUUCUUCUAUGUCCACCGCUAUUUUCUAUGGAAAUGCUUUCCGGAAUUGGUUCGAAGAGAUUUACUUUCCUAACGGUACCGAAUUUGAUAGUAGCGUAAACUCGUGCUCUACUUUGACAAUAAUGAACCAUUCUCACAAAAGAGACAGCGUUGUAUCUGCAAGAUCAGAUUUUGAUAGGGACAUCGAGGCAGAAGCGGAAUCAUUCAUCCACAGGUCGGAAAAACUCUGCUUGGCUAUAGAGGCUCGACUCUCUGACUUAUCUCCGCAUAAUGUGAAUAGUCCUAAGAUGGUUUCUGAGGACAGCGCGACUACAUUUACAGAAACUAUGUCCAUUCUCAGACAGAAACAUCUAACAAUAUAAUAAUGUUAUUACAUUUACAUAUUCCCUUUCACCCUAUCCCAUUCGAUAUCUGCCCAUUUAAAUUAUUCACUUGAUUUUGCUUUUGCUUUUUUUCUUAACUAUAUCCAUUAGGUAUCUGCCCAUUAACAUUGUUCACUUGAUUUGCUUUUUGCUUUUCCUUUAACCAUAUCUAUUAGACAUUUGCUCAUUUAAAUUAUUCACUUGAUUGCUUUUCCUUUAAUAAAAUUCCG